AUGACGAGUACAACGACAGAAGCUCAAUUACCCAAUUUUUCUUUCGAUAUUGAAAGUGUGAGUCAACGAGCUUUAACAAAGCCUGUGGAUCAAGUUAUUCCUAUUAGUGGCAAUUCAGGUGUAAAUGGCUAUUCUGGUGCUGAUGGUUUAUCCGGAUCUUCUGGAUGUAAUGGUGGAAUAGAUGAUUGUGGUACUAGAGGUGAUGAUGGUAGUGAUGGACUUGAUGGUCAAUCAGGUCAUCCUGGUACAAAUGCUCAACACGCAUUGAUCUGGUUAAACGGAACAGUUGACUACCUCAAUAUGCAAGUACAAACAUUUCAAACAUUAAAUAAUCCAUACAAUUAUUCUCCUGGUAUUAAUUGGAAUUUCGCCCAAUCCCUUAGCAAUGUCUAUUAUAAUUUUCAAUUGGAUAAAUCAAAUGGAAUCAUUCUGGUAAAAGCUGUAGGAGGCAACGGUGGAGAUGGAGGACGAGGAGGAGACGGAGGAUGCGGAGGUCGUGGAGGAGAUGGUGGUCGCGGUUGUGAUGGUACAGAUGGAUAUAACUCUCACGAUGAAGGUGCUUCUGGAGGAUGUGGCGAUCGUGGUGGAGAUGGAGGGAACGGAGGGUGUGGAGGCAAUGGUGGGAAUGGAGGACGAGGAGGAGAUGGUGGAGAUGCAGGUGCUGGUGGUCAUGUCCAAGUUCGAAGUGCAGAUCUUCGAUUAUUUAUGUUGAUUGAACCGGAUUGUCGAGCGGGAGAAAGAGGUAGAGGUGGUGGCGGUGGGAGCGGCGGUUCAAGAGGCAUUGGUGGUGCCGGAGGAUCUGGCGGUAGGGGUGGACGUGGUGGUCAUGGUGGGCCAGGCGGCGUAAGUGGUUCUGAUGGUAUGAGUGGUUCAAGCGGAUCAUGCGGUAUGAGUGGUUACGCAGGUAGCGAUGGUUCCCAUGGUCGCGAUGGUCGUCCUGCAAGCCACGGUUCAAUUCAAUAUGCUGUAAUUGAUAUAAGUGGUAAUAUUCUAGAAACAGGGCCUGAUAAAUAUCAUGCUAGUGUCGGUGGUUAUACUAUUACAGAUGAAAAUAACGAUGGAAUUUACGAGCCUGACUCAAAUUUUUUUAUUACUAACGUUAAAUGGACAAAUAACGGCGCACUGACCAUGCCUGGCGGAUGUAUAUUAUCAUUUCCAUCUACAAAAUAUAUUACGAAUGAUGCAGAAGAUGUUAGUGUAUUGCCAGGUAUUCGUAUCAAUCAAGUUUUGGUUGAUUCUCAUCAAUUUAAAUGCCAUCUAGAUGCUCCACGUAGUCUUUCAAUCAAUCGACCAUACAAACAACCCGUUAAAAUAACAUCAGAAAUACGUCUAUUAAAUCGUUUAUUUAGCGGCAGUCAAGUUUCAGCUUCGUUUACCUGUCAAUAUCCAAUUCAAAUAACAAAAAUUGACAUUCCAACUUUUCUAGGUCCUUAUGAACGGGCUACUGUUACAGUUAGUUUUACCAAUAUUUCUGGACGAUCAUAUGGUGCAUGUUCGGAUUCAGCUGGUUCAAUCGAAUGUAUAUUCUCUACUCAUUCUUUACUAAAAAUUUUACCAGCCAAUGGAGAAUAUUUUUACGAAAUAACAUCCGAUGGUUAUGGUCACUACAAAAUUAAUGAAGAGAUUGCACCUCGAAAAACAAAACAUAUUAAAGGACGGGUGGCGUUAAGGCCACUUUUCAUACCCAGAUAUUUUCAAGAAAAAAC